AUGCCAUCUCGUGUUGACGAUUAUGAGGUGUUGUAUACCAUAGGAUCAGGGUCUUAUGGCAAAUGUCAGAAAAUACGGAGAAAAUAUGAUGGGAAGGUAAGUGUUUUGCUUUUUACAGCGUUUACUGUACCUAGCUAGCUAGAAGCUAGCAAAUGUAACUUAGCUACCUGUGCUACAGUAACGUUUGCUAAUGUGAUCGACCAAAUAUAUGGUUCGACUUAGUGUAGCUAACGUUAUGCUUACUAGCUAAUAUUAGCUAGCUAGUUAACGUUAGUCAACAUGGCCACUAGCUUAGUAAACUCAACUCCAUUGAGUUCACUAAGUAAGCCACUUGGCCAGGCAGGUAACCCGUGCCCACACGAGACGUUUGCCUCUUGGCUCUUGAGCCAAAAGGGGUUCCAAAAUACUGUCCAGAAAUGACCUCAUUAAACAGAAAGGGGAACACCAGACCUCCCAAUAUCUAUGAGCAAAACUAAAGCAUAAGCUAUGGUGUUUACCUAAAACUGAGGAUUUGGUGUCAUAUAGCCAACGUUACAUAUGUGAACAAUACAGCUAACAUUUAAGACAGCAUUUGAUGUAAAACAAGUAGCUAGUUGGUUAGUAGCUAGCAAAUAAACAUCUACAUUGAAGGCUUUCUUUAAAGUAUGUUCCCCACAUCAAGCAUUUGCUUCCAUGCAUUUCCUGUGAAGCCUUAGAAAUGAAAUAACAUUUGGCCAAUCAAUAAAUGCUUAAUUUUGUGGUGUCUGGGUUAAAUCAUAGAUUCUAGUUUGGAAGGAGCUGGACUAUGGCACUAUGGCUGAGAGCGAGAAGCAUAUGCUGGUGUCCGAGGUCAACCUCCUGCGUGAGCUGAAGCAUCCAAACAUUGUGAGAUAUUAUGACCGCAUCAUAGACCGGACCAACACCACACUGUACAUCGUUAUGGAGCACUGUGAAGGCGGCGACCUCUCCAGCCUCAUCACCACAUGCAUCAAAGACAGGUAUUUGUGUUUUGUGCUGUCGUGUUUACCUUGGUUUCAUUGUCCAUCAUGUAUACAGUGCAUUCGGAAAGUAUUCAGACCUCUUCCCUUUUUACACAUUUUGUUAAGUUACAGCCUUAUUCUAAAAUGUAUUACAUGUUUUCAUCAAUCUACACACAAUACCCCAUAAUGACAAAGCAAAAACUGGUUUUUAGAUUUUUUUGCAAGUAUAAAAAAUUAAAAACGGAAAUAACAUAUUUACAUAAGUAUUCAGACCCUUUGCUAUGAGACUUGAAACUGAGCUCAGGUACAUCCUGUUUCCAUUGAUCAUCCUUGACGUUUCUACAACUUGAUUGGUGGUCAAAUUCAACUGAUUGGACAUGAUUUGGAAAGGCACACACCUGUCUAUAUAAGGUCCCACAGUUGACAGGGGAUGUCAGAGUAAAAACCAAGCCAUGAUGUCAAAGGAAUUGUCCGUAGAGCUCCGAGACAGGAUUGUGACGAGGCACAGAUCUGGGGAAGGGUACCAAAAAAUGUCUGCAGCAUUGAAGGUCCCCAAGUGGCCUCCAUCAUUCUUAAAUGGAAGAACUUUGGAACCACCAAGACUCUUCCUAGAGCUGGUCGCCCGGCCAAACUGAGCAAUCGGGGGAGAAAGGCCUUGGUCAGGGAGGUGACCAAGAACCCGAUGGUCACUCUGACAGAGCUCCAGAGUUCCUCUGUGGAGAUGGGAGAAGCUUCCAGAAGCACAACAAUCGCUGCAGCACUCCACCAAUCAAGCCUUUAUGGUAGAGUGGCCAGAUGGAAGCCACUCCUCAGUAAAAGGCACAUGACAGCACUCUUGGAGUUAGCCAAAAGGCACCUAAGGACUCUCAGACGAAGAGAAACAAGAUUUUCUGGUCUGAUGAAACCAAGAUUGAACUCUUUGGCCUGAAUGCCAAGCGUCACUUCUGGAGGAAACCUGGCACCAUCCCUACGGUGAAGGAUAGUGGUGGCAGCAUCAUGCUGUGGAGAUGUCUUUCAGCGGCAGGGACUGGGAAACUUGUCAGGAUCGAGGGAAAGAUGGAGCAAAGUACAGAGAGAUCCUUGAUGAAAACCUGCUCCAGAGCGCUCAGUACCUCAGACUGGUGCGAAGGUUCACCUUCCAACAGGUCAACGACCCUAAGCACACAGCCAAGACAACGCAGGAGUGGCUCCGGGAUAAGUCUCUGAAUGUCCUUGAGUGGCCCAGCCAGAGCCCGGACUUGAACCUGAUCGAACAUCUCUGGAGAGACCUGAAAAUAGCUGUGCAGCAACGCUCCCCAUCCAACCUGACAGAGCUUAAGAGGAUCUACAGAGAAGAAUGGGAACAACUCCCCUAAUACAGGUGUGCCAAGCUUGUAGCGUCAUACCCAAGAAGACUCAAGGUUGUUAUUGCUGUCAAAGGUGCUUCAACAAAGUACUGAGUAAAGGGUCUGAAUACUUAAGUAAAUGUAAUAUUUCAGUUUUGUAUUUUUAAUAAAUUUGCAAUUGAUGAGGGGAAAAACUUUUAAUCCAUUUUAGAAUAAGGCUGUAAUGUAACAAAAUGUGGAAAAAGUCAAGGGGUCUGAAUAAUUUCCAAAUGCACUGUACAUAUCUCCAAUGGCCAUCCCACUCUGACACCUAGGUGGCGAACGGCGACAACCCACCCUUUGUGGGUGUUGAACACUGGCCUCCCAGCCUGUAGGCAAACUGAGGGUUGGCAUGACUCAAAUUAAUUAUACUAAUUGCAAAUUUGGUGUACAUUUGGCAUGUUCAACGUAACAGUAUUGGUUGAUAACUCCGUGCAUGUUGUGUUCCUGGUGGCCAGGCGUUACUUGGAGGAGGAGUUCAUCAUGCGAGUCAUGGCACAGCUCACUCUUGCACUGAAGGAGUGCCAUCGCCGGAGCGAUGGUGGAGCCACAGUGCUGCACAGAGAUCUCAAGCCUGCCAAUAUCUUCCUGGAUGUCAAGCAGAAUGUCAAGCUCGGCGACUUUGGUCUCGCAAGAAUCCUGAACCAUGACACCAGUUUCGCUAAGACUUUCGUCGGAACCCCUUACUACAUGUCGCCUGUGAGUCAAUAGCAAAAGCAAAGGCCAUCAUACAAUUGGGAAUCCUAUGAUUAUGGUUUUCAAAGUAAAACAUUUUUUUCAUGAUGUAGCGUUUGGAGAGAUACUCUGGUUUUCUUUCUUUUUUUACACAUAUUUAUUGGAUUUGGGUAAAACUAUUUGAAUUCAAUCACUUUUUGACAGCACCCCUUUUGAUUUGAACAAAACCUUCCAUACUUGUUGGACCUGAAUGGCAAAACAUUCAAGAGAUAAAGGUGCUCUAUUUUGCAGACCCCACCAUACAAUGAGACACCAUGUCUUCAUCACUGGAAAAGAUACACGGUUGAGAUUGAUAUCAUUUAAAAGCUUACAAACAGGGCUGUUGUGCCCGUCAUCGGUUGAGACACAACAUGCUCUUCAAUACAGGGUGGGUGUCAUGUUUUGGCUGAUAAAUGUACUAAAAUGGGAAUAUAAUUCAAAUGUUGACUUUCAAAUGGUACCACAAAGAUUGUUGGAGGUCCACAUGGAGAAUAUUGACUUGAAUGGGAAUAUGUUGUUUUAAAUUACACUUUCAAUCUUCCAUAGGAAAUCACAGAAAUAUAGAUGAUAGAAUAAUCAUGACCAUUUAAGUUGACAUUCGAUGGUGGGUGGACCGACGGCCACCUUUGUGGUAGUAAUUAGAAGUUAAAAUGUCAGUACAUUUUUAAUUUCAAUGGUGUACCAGCUAAAUUGCAGUGGUCUGAAGGGAUAGGUCAAUUCUAUGAAUUCUAUUUCUAUGAUUGAAAUGACACCCACCCUGUAUUCAAGCGCAUGUUGUCUCAACCGAUGACGUGCACAACAAAAAUACCUCAGAUGAUGUUAAGUAGGGUCUAUGCUACAACAUAUGCUAAUAGGAUUUUUUUUGUUUACUAGUUGUUAGGUAAUUGACACUAAAGGUUAACAUUUCUUCAUAAUUUUUAUUCCCCCAUUUUUUUCAAAGAAGCACUGUUUGUAAGCAUUUAAAUGAUAUCAAACUCAAUCGUUUAUCUUUUCCAGUGAUGAAGAGAUGGUGUCUCAUGGUAUGGUAGAGUAUGCAAAAUGAGGCAAUUUUGAGCACAUAUCUCCUGAAUGUUUUGGGAUUGAGGUCCAAAAAAAUCACUUUCUGACCACUUCUUCCAUGGACAAACAUGAAUGGAAAGUUUUGUUUAAAUCAAAAGGGAUGCUGUCAAAAAGUGAUACAAUUCAUAUGGAUUUGCCCAUUUUCAAAAAGGCCAAUCAACAUAAUUGGUACAGAAAAAGAAACACAUUUCAACACCCCCCUCCCUCCCACCCCAUACUCAAGUUUUCUAAUCAAUCUGUCCAUGUGUGGACAAUUUUCAUAUUUUACAGGAACAAAUUAAUCGCAUGUCCUACAACGAGAAAUCGGAUAUCUGGUCCCUGGGGUGCUUGUCGUAUGAACUCUGUGCCUUAUCGUAAGUUACUUUACCUGUCAUCUAUAUUCUUACUAAAUAUCCCUCAGUCAAAUCAAAUCACAUUUUAUUGGCCACGUGCGCCGAAUACAACAGGUGUAGACAUUACGGUGAAAUGCUUACUUACAGCCCUUAACCAACAAUGCAUAAAUUUUUUUAUAAAAAAAUUCAAAUAAAACAACAACAAAAAAGUGUUGAGAAAAAAAGAGCAGAAGUCAAAUAAUAUAACAGUAGGGAGGCUAUAUACAGGGGGGUACCGGUGCAGAGUCAAUGUGCGGGGGCACCGGCUAGUUGAGGUCUGACACAUGUUUCUUCCAUCUAGGCCUCCUUUCACAGCUUAUAACCAAAAAGAGCUGGCAGAGAAGAUCCGAGAGGGGACGUUCAGGAGGAUCCCCUACCGGUACUCAGAGGAGCUGAACACACUCCUGUCCAGAAUGCUCCAUUUAAAGGUUUGGAAUAUGUUUCACAGUACAGAAAAUCUCCAUCUAAAGUUCAAGUCAUCUUGUGAGCAACUCCUCACUGCUGCAUACCUGUUGAGGAGAUGAUUAUUUGUCUCCAUCUCCAAGCACAUAAUUAUGCUCAAUAUACAAUUUCAAUGUCAUGAGAUUUUAAUCCCUCCCGCCCACCAUUCUACUCUAACUGCCAGUUUGUUUUGUUGAUUUGACUGUUGUUGUGCCUCGUUGCCAGGACUACCUGAGGCCCUCUGUGGAGUCCAUUCUCCAGAGCAGCUUAUUGGUGGACGUGGUCGCCGAUGAGCAGAGGAGGAUGCAGGCGCGCAACUGGAGGAGGUCGGACGAUCCAGAGAAGCCAAAGCCAGCCGAGUCUUCAACCUCCCCGGCCGCCGCGGCGCUGAGGCUGAAGGAGCAAGCGCUGCGGGAGAGGGAGAAGGCCCUAAAGGAGCGUGAGGAGAGGCUGGAGCGUGAGUGUUUACCCUUAUCAGGAUUAAGCUUAAUUCUGUUCUUAAUUCACAUUUCUAAUCACUUAAGUUGACUGAAUUGAAAACUGAUUCAACCCCAACCCUGGUUUCUAUAAUGUCCUAGUCACAGAUGAGACCUCUGGUGUUGAAACAAGCUUUUUUGUAUUUUUUAUUAUCAGUGUUGCUUGGUGAGGACUGCUGAAAUGUCUGUAAUGACUGUUGUUUGUAGUCAAUGUGUCACUGGCUAUGCUACUGAGGACACAGACUGAAUAGUUUUGUAAUCUGUGGAAUGUUGAUGUAACUCUGGUGAAUGUGUUUUGUAUUCCUCCUACAGAGCGGGAGCAGGAGCUUUGUGUUCGUGAGAGAAUAUCGAAUGAGAACCUUGCCAGGUAAAACAAAGCUCCCUUGGAUCGCUUUACUUGAAAUGCAGCAAACUGCUGUUUUUAAUGUCACGUUUGACUAAAUGCUAGGGCUUUAAUCCUCCUCCAAGUUGUGUUAAUUCUACCUUUGCUUCCCGCUUUGGUGUCAUAAUCGCAUUCCUUGCUAUAAAACUGCAAGAGGGUUGGCUAUAAUCUAUUUUGACUCCCAACAAUGUUUUCUUUUGAUUUCAGAGCGGAGAGUUUGUUAAAGAGCUACAAUCUGGUAAAACAGCAGAAGGCCCUGCCACCACUCUAUUCCAAUGACAUAGGUAUGGGAGUCAAGCGAAAAAACAGGAAAAGGGAGGAUACGUGAUUUUCUUCUUUAUUGAAGUUGAACAAUAUGAUAUAGGGUAACCAUGUUUUCAGAUGACAUAAAAGGGGAGGGAACACAUUUAGGUCACUUUAAGACACCUGUGUUUUUAUCUGGGCAAAUUAUGAACUUCAGAAUUAUUUUGGUAGACUGACUAAUCACUGAGGCAAUCCUACAUAUUACGGAAGGGUAUUUUAUCUGCAAAUAAUGUAGCGUUCAAUAAAACCUUUUCAACAUGUGUAACUCUGCCAUCUUGGCCCCUUAGAUGUGGGAGAGGAGAACAUCUCCCCUGGAAAGAAGGUCAGUUUUGCCGGAGACAGCAAAGAGAACCAAAGGCCCGAUCAGAAGCAGAGUGAGAAGAGCCAGGAGCUAGGGCUGAAGAGGAGGCUGCAGGCAGCCAACCUGCGGGCCCAGGCCCUGGAGGAGGUGGAGAGGAACUACCAGCUCAAGAGCAGGCAGAUCCUAGGCAUCCGCUAGCGCCAGGAGAGCCUGCUGUUGAGGGCCUGAUUAUCAGGGUCAUAUGAAUGGAGGUCUGAGGUGUUUCCCAGAAGCUACUGGUCUUUGCUCAGUCUUUCUGACUAAUAGAGAGUUUUAGAGCUACUGAAUGCUAGUGGUCAUAUCCUUUAGGGAAAAUAUGUAGCUUUAAUUUAUUUGUAUCGUAGUGAGUGAUUUGUACUGUGGGGAAGUUGCAAAAAUAUUGGAUACCAAAUAUGUUUUUUUUGUGGUGUGUUUUUUCCACCUCGACAUUUCAAAUGUGUCGUUGUUAGACAGAAUUGCACUGAAGUUAUGAUGCUUUGUACAUAAAGUUGCAUGAAAAAUAUAUUUGAAGGGCUACGUUAGUACAGUGUGCAGAGAUGUAUGAAUGGGCGUACACUCCCACAUACACUGCUGGAAAUAUGUAAAUGUUUUGCAAAUAUGAGUUUAGGAAUUGGGAAGGGUUGGCAAAUGUUGAGGCCAUUGUUUUCUGUUAAAAAUAGACAUGGGUUCUGUGGAAUUGUGCUCUCAUUGACUGUUGUCCUUUGUGCUUUAUUGUUCCUUUGCCCUUGAAUUGUCUCCUAUUAUUAAUCUCAAAUGGGAAUCAUGUUAUUAUUUUGGUUAGGCCUACAUGAUGAAGUUCAGCUCUUGGUACACGUUUCUAAACUUUUCAUUUUGUUUUGUCAGCAUAGAAAUGUGACUAUGUAAAUUAUUUUGGAAUAUAACGUAGUGUGAGUGUCCUCUUGUAAAGGCAGCUAUGUAAUCAGAGCGAUUACUGUCGAAUAAUGUACAUUCUCUUUUUUUCAAGAUGAAAGGUUUAUGUUACAUGCAUUGAUCUCAUUCUUGCCUAGUACGGUUUAUCUGUUGAUUGAGUACGGUUGCAUGCACACAAUAAUGCCAUUAUUGUUGAUAGUCAGAUUGAUAUAAUAGUUCGAUUAAAACGUU